AUGGUCAGAGCGCAGGGUAUUUCGUUGCUCUUUGAACCGAAUGAUGUCGAGCCCGAGCUUGAGGUCAUGACUUUUGGCUACGAUUCCAAGAUACGACAUUUCUCUCAAGGCCAGAUCAGCAAAAACACAGUUCAAGACCAUGCUCGGGAACUCUUGGAGCAAUUGAGGGAUAAGAGGCCGCCAGAUGCAAAAGGAUCUCGCCCGCUAGCCUUCAUCGCACACAGCUUAGGUGGGCUAGUUGUCAGAGAAGCCCUCACUCUGGCCAGUCAACAUCAGGAUGAUCAAAUCAGUACCAGCCGCUACAAAGAUAUCUUCCGUUCCACCGUCGCCAUCAUGUUCUUUGGCACGCCUCAUCGUGGUGCUGAUCCUCGAAGCUCUUUUCAUCGCUCUUUUUCCGCCUUCGCCAUGCGACUGGGAAUAGACGUCAAUCCGUUUAUUCUCGAUGCCCUGAUUCCGAACGUGAACAACAUUCAGAAACCACUCAACCUGGACGGCUUCAAGAGUCUAGCAGCGGAGCGAGGAUGGAUUGUUUACACUUUUCAGGAAGAGUACGGCGUUUUGGGCUUUUUCAGCAAGAAGGUGACUAACUCGGCCCUUCGUCUCUUCAGAAGCUAA